GCAAAUUCAAGAAAAUGCGCAUAUAUAUAAAAUGAAUACAAAAAUGUUUAAUUUAAAUAUUAAAAAUUACAAUAAUAAUGAAACAGUUAAAAAAUGUGAAACAAACCUUAAUAUUAAAAUUAAAAUUAUUCAAAAAGCGGUGGACAAUAUAAUUAAGUAUAAUUUUAAUACAAGUACGGCAAAAAUUAAUGAUUUGUAUAACCGUCUAAACUAUGAUUUACAAGAAAAAAUAAUUGCCAACAUUAAAGAAAUAAAUAUACAAAAAAAAAACACAUCAUUAUAUCACUUUGUACACACAGAAACAACAAUCACAAAACCUCCACCGACAACAACAAAAAUAAGCCCUGAAUUGUUCUAUGGACUCUCCACAUUUGAUUAUUUUUUGGAGCAACAAUUAACCAGAUAUGGGUUGACAAAUUUAUAAUUGAAAGACUUGCAUGACAUAUAUAUUUAUUGAACAUGCUAAUUUUCAUCUACUUUUUUUACAAUGACAUACUAUUUUUUUUACAUUAUAAUAUACUCGGAUGGCCUGUAAGUAAACAAUUAAUAUU